GCUGGAUCCCCUUUUUGUCUGCUUCCCUCAGCCAGAAAUAAUUACACUUGUGCAGCUCGUGAAACAGUGUUCCAAACAACUCUCUUUCCACCGCCUACGUUGGCUAGCAUGAAGACUGAGAGAUCAGAGAAACGUUUGUUGAAGGGGUGAGUGCAUUCUGGUGUGGAGGUUGUAGAAUGAAGGACUUGAGAAGUUAUUGAGAGAGCCAGCUUGGAACAGCACCGUCUGUAUCCAUGGCGGCAGUUGAUAUCCAUCAAGAAUCGGAGGUUGAGCUCGGCGGAAAGAGAAGAUGUUCGAACGGGUUUGGAGGAUGGGGUUUGAAAGGACUGUUGCAACCCACCAGCGUUGUGGCGAGUGCGUCAGCGUUCGAUGCUUGGCUUGUUGCUGCAGCUGGGCAGAUAGGCCAAGUGCUGGUUACCCUACCAUAUACGAUGGCCCAAAUGGGAAUUGCCCUCGGUGUGGUUGCUUUCAUUUUAUACGGAGCUUUGGGUGCCUGGACUGUGUACCUGCUUGUGUGGCUCUACUUGGAGCACAAAGCCAGAUAUGCCGCCGAUGGAAAGGUUCAACCAGAGAGGCAUAUUCUUCAGUAUCAUGAAAUCAUAACAGGUCUGACGGGAAAGUUGGGCGGCAACAUAACUUACUUCUUCAUCGUUUUUACAAUGUUCCUAAUAUGUAUCGUUCAACUGGUUGCAUCAUCCAGUGAUCUCUACUAUGCAAAUGACAACCUGAACAAGCGAGAGUGGCAAUAUAUUGUCGGAGCAGUGGCAUUCUUAACCGUUUUUGUCCCAGAUUUCAAACACUUCCGUUUAGGUUCCCUAAUUGGCGUCUUGACAACCUCCAUCACGUCCGUCUACAUGCUCAUUGCAGCGAUCUCUCAAGGCCAGGGAGCUGGAGUUACCCACUCAGGUGUAGCCGACAAAGUGGAGUUCUUCACCGGUGCCACGGUUAUAUUAAGUGCGUUUGGAGGUCACGGAAUCACCAUCGAGAUUCUGGAGUCCAUGAAGCGGCCAGCGUCAUACAAAUGGGUGUGCAUAGCAGUGACAGUGUACGCACUGCUGGUGACAGUCCCUAGCGCCAUCGCGGUCUACUGGUCCGCCGGGGAUAUUCUACUUGUGCGCUCCAAUGCGUUCGCCGUGCUGCCUCCAAGCGGCUGGCGCACAAUGGCAGUCGCAUCGCUCGUCAUCCACCAAGCUGCAGGCUUUGUACUCUUCUCGCACCCAGUCUUCCUGCUCUGCGAAAAGGCAGUCGGAGUGCACACCAAAGCGUUCUUUCUACGAAUCCUUGCCCGCAUUCCAGUUGUCGCUGCCAUGUGCUUCUUCGCCCUACUUCUACCAUUCUUCGGACCCAUAAACUCCAUCAUCGGGGCAUUCGGGGUCGCCAUCGGGAUGUACAUAAUCCCCUCCGUGGCGUUCCUCUUCACCUACCGCUCCAGCUUCGCUCGCCAGAAUUCGGCUGUGCGAUUGCCAGCACUUCUUCCGAGCUGGAAGCUCCUGUUUCUUGUGAACGGGACCAUCAUCGUGUGGUGUUUAGUGAUCGGCGUUGGGUUCGGCGGAUGGGCUUGCAUUGUUAACCUAGUGCGGCAGAUCAACAGCUUUGGUUUGUUCGAUAAGUGUUACCAAUGCCCUCCUAAUCCGUAAACAACAUUUAAUUCAAUGAAGGUCCUACUUAUAUAUAUAUAUAUAUAUAUAAUUUAUAUCACACUUCAAAUUCUCAUAUGCCUGAAUCAUACAAUCAUCUUUGAAGAAAAGACAGUCUUCAUAGAAAAAGAUUAACAUGACGUAUUUAAAUGUUUUAUAUAUCAAAUAAAUUAUUACUUCAAAACAA